UAGCCGGGAUGGGCGGCCUGAGCGGCCUCGGCGAAGGAGCCAAGGGCAUCGUGCCGCUGCACGCGGCCCCGCGGAGGAAGAGGCGAGUGCUCUUCUCGCAGGCGCAGGUCUACGAGCUGGAGCGGCGCUUCAAGCAGCAGAAGUACCUGUCAGCGCCGGAGCGGGAGCACCUGGCCAGCCUCAUCCACCUCACGCCCACCCAGGUGAAGAUCUGGUUCCAGAACCACCGCUACAAGAUGAAGCGGGCCCGGGCCGAGAAAGGUAUGGAAGUGACUCCUCUCCCCUCCCCGCGGCGG